AUGAAUCAAACAGACGUCCUCAUCAUCGGUGCUGGGAUGUCAGGUAUUGGCCUCGGUGUCCAAUUGAUUAGAAAAUUCGGCACCAGAAGCUUCGAGAUCAUCGAGAAAGAUUCUGCAAUGGCCGGAACGUGGCGAGUCAAUAGCUAUCCGGGCUGUGGAUGCGAUGUUCCAUCUCAUUUCUACUCAUACUCCUUCGCUCUCAAUCCCAACUGGUCUCAAGCAUAUGCCAUGCAGCCUGAGAUCCAAACUUACUUCAAUGAUGUUGCCAAGAAAUAUGAUAUUGAAAGACAUGUUAGGUUCAGCUCGGUAGUUGAAUCUGCCCAUUGGGACGGGUCUAAUGGAACUUGGGAAACCACCAUUCGAGAUAUCAAGACGUCGGAAGUGAUGACUCGCCGUUCGAAGGUCCUCAUCUCGGCUGUCGGUGCCCUAUCCAUACCUAAAGAAUGUGAUAUUCCUGGUUCUUCAGACUUUGAAGGGCGAAUAUUUCAUACAACCAAAUGGGAUCACUCCUUCGAUUGGAAAGAUAAGGAAGUAGUGAUCGUUGGAAACGGUUGCAGUGCAACUCAAGUCCUCCCUGUCAUAACCUCCGGAGACGGGGCUGUCAAGAAGGCAACCCAGUUCGCAAGACAAGCGCACUGGCUUGCAGAACGUCCCAAUCCAACCUACUCGGCCAAUUUCAAAUGGGUCAUGAGAUGGAUCCCCUUCGCUAUGCGCUUAUAUCGUGCAUGGUUAUACUAUCUGAAAGAACGAGACUUUGCAGGCUUCAGAGUUGCUGAAGGUCUUCAAAUGAGGAACCAAUGGGCCAGAGAUACUACUGACUAUAUUCGGAGGACGGCACCCGCCAAGUACCUGGAUUUUCUGGUCCCCAAAACCGAGAUUGGCUGUAAGCGGAGGGUCAAUGACACUGACUACCUUGCCUGUUUACAUCAGGAUAACGUCGCGCUUGUAUACAACGAUCCGAUCCAGAGGAUUGAAGCGAAAGGCGUGCGAACAUCUUCUGGAAGGCUGGUGACUGCCGAUGCCAUUGUCCUUGCGCAUGGGUUUGAGACCCAGAAACCACUAUUCCCCAUGAAAAUAUUCGGAAGGGAUGGGGUUAGCAUCAACGAGCAUUGGAAUCAAGUCAGCGAAGGUGCGGCGUCUUCCUACUUCGGAACAUGCCUUUCGGAGUUCCCCAACUUCUUCAUCAUGAUGGGCCCAAACACCCUAAGUGGUCAUCUAUCAGUUAUUUACACCACAGAAUGCCAGAUCAAUUACACAAUGAGAGUUCUCAGACCAAUUCUCACAGGAAAAGCGGACGUCGUUGAGGUUACUCCCGAAGCGGAGAAGAAAGACAUAGACAGAGUUCAAGAGAAGGCUAAACGCCUUGUUUGGGCAACUGGGUGCACAUCGUGGUUUAUUGAUGAGAAAACGAACAGGAACACAAUCAUGUUCCCGGACUGGCAGUUCAAGUUCUGGUUGCGAAGUGUCUUUGUGGCAUGGAAUGAUUUGGAGUAUCGAAGUGUCAGCACUAAGGAGCCCGUUAAGACGUCACGAGCCACUUUGUCGCUUUAUGCCGUGGCGGGUUUAGUAGGGUUAGGGUCAUUUUAUCUUCAAAUCUCGAAGCCAUAG